AUGAAGGCUCUCGUUUUUGCAGUAACCGUGGCAGUAUUAGCAAGUCGUGGUGAUGCCUUCCAAUCCCUCGGAGUAUGGAACCUGCACGGUUCUCAGAAAGUACUAGGCGACUCAUUCGGUUUGAUUGGCGCUAAUGCAACCUUUGACUAUAUCGUAACUGGUUUAACCGUCGCCAAUCGUCUUGCCACAGCGAACCAUUCUGUAGCCAUCAUUGAAGGCGGCGGCUUUUACGAGCUCGACAAUGGCGUCUUUUCACAAAUCCCAGGGUUUGCUCCAGAAUUUGCAAACGCAGACCCGUCCUCUAUCCAGCCACUAGUUGACUGGGGCAUCGUGACACCACCACAGCCGCUAUUGCAAAAUUGCCGUAUACACUAUACCCAGGGCAAGACGUUUGGUGGAGGCUCGGCACAAAACCAGCUUGCUUACCAUCGCGGGACCAAGGGGUCGUAUGAUAUGUGGGCGAAGAUUGCUGGCGACGACUCCUAUCAGCUGCGCAACUGGAUGCCCUAUUUCAAGAAGAGUGUCCAAUUUACACCGCCAGACUAUGGCAAGCUCGGUGCAGACGUGUCGUAUCCGCCUUAUUACCACCCGUUUUCAAAUGGCAUUGCGAAGGCGUUUCGCAGCCUCGGCCUGGGCGAGAUCAACGGCCUCAACAGUGGCAAGCUGCUGGGAUAUGCCGCUAGUACCGCAACACAAGAGCCACAGCGCCAUAUCCGUAGCUCGUCCGAGACUUCAUUCGGUCAGGAGACCAUAUAUUUCAGGUCUGCGAAGUUCUACAAGCAGACAGUCGCGCAACGCAUCGUGUUUGACCAGAACAAAAGGGCUACAGGCGUAGACGUGGAGACAGUUGGUGUAAAGUAUCACCUUGCAGCAAGAAAAGAAGUUAUCUUGUCUGCCGGCGCUUUCCGUUCGCCCCAGCUGCUUAUGCUGAGCGGUAUUGGCCCAGCUGGGGUGCUCUCCUCUAUGAACAUUCCUGUUGUCAAGGAACUGCCUGGCGUGGGACAGGGCCUACAAGACCAGAAUUUCUUUGGCUCCGUGUAUCGCGUUAAUGUCGAUAGCUUUUCAGCCGUUGUUGGAAAUCCAGCGGUGGCUGCUCAAGCUAUGCAUGAAUACGAAACGAAGCAAUCUGGACCGCUCACCAACUCUGGCGCGAACUGGAUCGGAUGGGAAAAGAUGCCCCAGAGCCUCACAGCCAACUUGAGCAAUUCUACCAAGGAAAUGCUAGCGGCUUACCCGGCUGACUGGCCUGACUUGAAGCUGCUCCCGAUUCCUAUUCAGACAGUCCCUACCAAGGAUUCGGCCAACUACAUAUCGGUUUUAAUGGCUGUACUUAGUACCAACUCACGGAGCAACGUCACCAUCUCAUCGAGAGAUGCCAAAGAUAACCCCAUUGUAACUCUUCCGUGGCUUGCGUCGAAAGAGGAUCGUGAAGUGGCCGUCGCUGCUCUAAGACGAGCUCGCCAAAUCGCGGCUGCGUCUGGCCUUGUCAUAGGCGAUGAGUUUGCUCCUGGCAAAGAGGUCCAAAGUGACGAGGACAUAUUGUCUUUCAUUCAGUCUACUAUAGCCCCGAUUCAUCAUGCAAGCUGCACGAAUCGCAUGGGUCCUGUUAACGACUCUAUGGCUGUAGUAGACUCUGCCGCAAAGAUAUAUGGCGUACAAGGCUUGCGAGUGGUUGAUGUUAGUGCGUUUGCGAUAUUGCCACCUGGCCAUCCACAAAGCACCGUCUACGCUUUGGCCGAGAAGAUUGCAGACCUAGUCAUACGCGGGGAAUAA